AAACCACAAAGAAAUACAUAUUAAAUACAUCUCUAGUCCCCCAAUCCGCUCCAGAUCCACUCCAAACCUCGGUCUCAAAUCCACUGCUGUUUCUCUCAUCGAAUCAGUAGAAUCACAGCUGAAUUUCUGGUGAUUUCGGUAGUGUUCAAUCGAGAAUCUGGUUAUUUGAUCUGAGUUUUUCUGUGGAUAAUGCUCUAGUGAGUAGAUAAAAGCCCGAAUUUUUAGCGAAUCUUGUGCUAUAUUUGGUCUAUCUCUCUGUUUCUAUAUAUAUAUAUAUAUAUAUUGUGUCAUGGGGUCUUGUUUCUCCAAUUUGAGAUCUUUCGGCUGGGAUUCUCAGUACAAAGCAAGCGUCCUUGAGGCCCCUGAUGUUGAGAAUGAGGUGAAGGGUGAGGUGGAUGGCCUGCCUGUGUUCCAGGAGUACUCAUUUGAGCAGCUCAGGCUUGCGACCUCUGGAUUUGCUGUGGAGAACAUUGUUUCUGAACAUGGAGAAAAGGCCCCUAAUGUUGUUUACAAGGGAAAGCUGGAUGCACAGCGGCGAAUAGCUGUCAAGCGGUUUAAUCGUGCUGCAUGGCCUGAUCCUCGCCAAUUCAUGGAAGAAGCGAGAUCUGUUGGUCAACUCCGAAAUCACAGAUUGGCAAAUUUGCUUGGGUGUUGUGCUGAAGAAGAAGAGAGAUUGCUUGUAGCAGAGUAUCUGCCCAAUGAUACACUUGCCAAACACCUUUUUCACUGGGAAACUCAACCUAUGAAAUGGCCAAUGCGAUUGAGGGUGGUACUUUAUCUAGCCCAAGCUCUUGAAUACUGCACUAGCAAGGGCCGUGCACUCUAUCAUGAUCUUAAUGCAUAUCGAGUUCUUUUUGAUGAUGAUUGUAAUCCCAGGCUUUCAUGCUUUGGUCUGAUGAAGAAUAGCAGGGACGGGAAAAGUUAUAGCACAAAUUUGGCAUUUACUCCUCCUGAAUAUUUAAGAACUGGAAGGGUCACUCCAGAAAGUGUGAUAUAUAGCUUUGGUACGUUGUUGCUUGAUGUUCUUAGUGGAAAGCAUAUCCCACCUAGUCGUGCACUUGACUUGAUAAGAGAUCGUAAUUUCGAAACACUCACGGACUCCUGUUUAGAAGGACAAUUCUCAGAUGAAGAUGGGACUGAACUAGUGCGUUUAGCUUCCAGAUGUUUACAUUAUGAGCAACGUGAGCGACCUAACGUGAAAUCAUUAGUGACUGCUCUGGCACCUCUACAAAAUGAUGUUGAUGUUCCGUCUUAUGUAUUGAUGGAUGUACCGCAUGGCGGAACAUCCUCAUUAGAAUCACUUCCUCUUUCCCCCCUUGGUGAUGCUUGCUUCAGGAUGGAUCUAACAGCAAUACAUGAGAUACUGGAACAGGUUGGAUAUAAAGAUGAUGAAGGAACGGCAAAUGAGCUUUCAUUUCAAAUGUGGACUGAUCAAAUGCAAGAAACAUUGAACUCCAAGAAAAAGGGUGAUAAUGCUUUUCGGCAUAAAGAUUUUAAUACUGCUAUUGAGUGCUACACACAGUUCAUUGAUGUUGGUACAAUGGUUUCGCCAACUGUUUUUGCUCGACGGUGUCUGUCUUAUCUGAUGACUGACAUGCCACAGCAAGCUCUUAGUGAUGCAGUACAGGCACUGGUUGUAUCCCCGAUAUGGCCAACAGCAUUUUAUCUUCAGGCGGCUGCGCUAUCUUCUCUCGGAAUGGAUAAUGAAGCUCAAGAAGCAUUAAAGGAUGGCUCAUCUCUUGAAACCAAAAAGAAUGGGAAUUCUAGCCAUUAAUACUAGAGCCAAGUUUUGUGGUUCAGUCAAAAGUUUGAGGCAGCUACCCUACUUUGAUGGUUGGAUCAUUGUUGCAAAUUGAAGGGCAUGCCUCUGAUUUAAUUUUUUCUGCAGAUGUCCAAGGACUGGUCAAGACUUGAAUUGGAAGGGCGAAAUCUUUGUCAUCCUUUUGUAUAAAACAAAUAUGCUGACAGAAGAAUGAGUUCAGAACAGAUGAAGGAUUGUGAAUCUCGAAACUUGGUUUGCUGCAAAAAAGCAAGUGAAAAGAAAACCUCACCAUUCUUCAUCUUGAGUUGGGAUAAUGGUGUUCUCAUUUUGCUGAUAAAACAUGUAAUUUGUGUACAGCUGUUGAAUGCUUCAUUUGAGAUUAUUGCUUUCUUUUGCCAUUGAGAUUGUUUCAGGUUGGUCAAAUGUAAGUCAUGUUUGAAAAACUAGAAUAUCAUAGUAUUUGUGUGAAUUAGAGUU